GCAUCCCAUUCCAUCCCACCCCCCUCCCUCACUCUCUUUGUUUCAGCUGUGCUCUCAUAUCCGCACCCCGCCAGUGCUGCUCCGCCAUCCAUCGUUACCUUCGCCCUCACCCCACACACGCCCGCCCGCCAGCUGCGCAACCUUCGUUUUAAAUCCCUCUCCACCAUGGCCGACAAUAGGAAAGUCUUCAAGGUCUUUUCCCAGGAGUUCAUCGUCGACGACCGCUACAAUGUCACAAAGGAACUGGGUCAAGGAGCCUACGGAAUCGUUUGUGCCGCAACCAACACACAGACCGGCGAAGGCGUCGCCAUAAAAAAGGUCACCAAUGUUUUUAGCAAGAAGAUUUUGGCAAAGCGUGCCCUGCGCGAGAUCAAGCUUUUGCAACAUUUCAGAGGUCACCGAAACAUCACUUGCCUCUACGAUAUGGAUAUCCCCCGCCCCGAGAACUUCAACGAGUGCUAUCUUUACGAGGAACUCAUGGAAUGCGACUUGGCAGCCAUUAUCCGAUCCGGCCAGCCCCUCACUGAUGCGCAUUUCCAGUCGUUCAUUUACCAGAUCCUUUGCGGUCUAAAGUACAUCCACUCCGCCAAUGUGCUCCACCGAGACUUGAAGCCCGGUAACUUGCUGGUCAACGCCGACUGCGAGCUCAAGAUUUGCGAUUUCGGUCUUGCCAGAGGCUUCUCCAUGGACCCCGAAGAGAAUGCUGGAUACAUGACCGAGUAUGUCGCAACCAGAUGGUACCGUGCGCCAGAGAUCAUGUUGAGCUUCCAGAGCUACACCAAGGCCAUCGAUGUCUGGUCGGUGGGUUGCAUUCUUGCCGAACUGCUCGGAGGCAAGCCCUUCUUCAAGGGGCGGGAUUACGUGGAUCAGCUCAACCAGAUCUUGCACUACUUGGGAACCCCCAAUGAGGAGACGCUUUCUCGCAUUGGCUCGCCUCGUGCGCAGGACUACGUUCGCAAUCUCCCAUACAUGCAGAAGAUUCCCUUCUCCUCUCUCUUCCGCCAGGCGAACCCAGACGCCCUCGAUCUCCUCGACCUUAUGCUCGCCUUCGACCCCUCAAGCCGCAUUUCGGUGGAAGAUGCCCUCGAGCAUCGCUACCUCCACAUUUGGCACGACGCCUCGGACGAGCCAUCCUGCCCCACCACUUUUGACUUCCAGUUCGAAGUCGUCGAGGACAUUGCUGAGAUGAAGAAGAUGAUCCUUGCCGAGGUGAACCGCUUCCGCCAGCAUGUCCGCCAGCAGCCUGGCCAGUCGGCAGCAGGCCAGCAACAGCCCGGUCAAGCCGUCCCCAUUCCCAACAACUACGACCGCACCGGCUACGAGGACCCACGACCCCAUGAGGCAGUCAUGCAGCAGGGAGGCUGGCAAGGAAGUGAUCUCGAGCGCGACCUGCAAGGCCUCGAUGCUCGCACCAUGAGAUAGAAUCGAUUCGGCGGAUAUUGGUUCACGCACGGAGAGAUGACAUCAACCAUGCGCGCGUUGUCCAGCGGCCAGGCCACUUGGCGUUCUCCGUCAUGGCCCAGGAAGGUGGCCACCAACGUUUGUGGAAAUCGUAUUUUUAUGACGCGAAAGAGGUUAUACUAGCCUAUACCCCGUGGCCGAUGUUUUGGAUGGAGGGUGGGAGAUACCAUUCCUCCGGAUGUUUAUGACAACAUGUGGGAAGGACUUCAUAUUUUUUUCCACUUAUUUUCUGUGUGCAAAAGGGCAAGAAAGGCGUCUGGGACGUUUCGUACGUACGUUUUGAUGGG